GAUUGAUAUUAAUUUCUGAUCAAUGUGAAAGCAUGAGAGAAGUCUAUCUCUCUCUGCAACAUGGGUUGUAUCCUCUUAUAUUUGUUCCCUGAAACGCAAAAUCUGAUCGUCUAUACUGCAACAAGACUUCUUGCUUUCUGCCAAGGUUUGAAAGGAAAUAUCAAUAGCUUCCUGAUCAUCAACCUGUGGGGAUUUGCACAAUUGUUGCCUUCAAUGGGAGUAUGUCAAGUUCUCUGCAUCUUGUUGUUUUGCCCUAUCUCUCUCUCAGUGCAGUCCUUGAGGAGAGCUUACGGCAAGGGCGAUGCCUUUCGCAUCGCACUCUCAAGUUUCAAUGAUUUUUACAAUGUAUCAGUUCUCAGGCAAGAUUCUAGUGCAUGAGCUGGCUUUUAAUUGAUCCGUCAUUAGUAAAAUGGAUGUGAUCAGCUGGUACAUUGAAAGAACAGUUUAAAAGAGCAUUUCACUGAUUUAAAGAUCUCGAUUGUCUUCUCCUUUGAACAUAGGAACUCAGAGCAAAAGGAGAAUUGGAUCUCAACAAAGAUUAAUGUUGAAGCUGGAGCAGUUCAAGUUGCAAGCAUUGUCUUCUGGCCAUGUUGCAAAGCUUAGUUAAACUUCACUGCAUAAUGCAGAAACAUGAGUCUUUGAUUCAUUGAGCUUGAUCAUAGUUCUGAUUUUUUUUUUCUCCCAUAUUAUAAAGAGUAUACCAGGUCUGCUUAGAACAUCGGCAUCAGUUUAUGGAAUUAUCUAAUAUGAUGGGUUUUUUAGAUUGUUAAAUUUUAUGACACGAAUGACUUUCAAAGUUAUGUUUUACUAAAACUUGAGCAGCGACACUUAGACUCAAUACACUUCACCAAAACUACCAAAAGUUCAGAAAUUCGACGGCUAAAGAAUUUGAUGAAUUAAUGGUUGUGUCAAUGAAGUGUAAAAGCAACAAGCAGUAACAAGAAGUCUCCAGCCCAAAUUUCGCA